AUGAGCACACCACCCCAUAACUUUGUGACGGCCGAAAUGGGGAGAACUGCAGGGACGGACGUGUUCAAGGAGCCCUUGACUUUUUGCACACCUUCCCUACUUGAAGGUACAGCCUGCCGCCUCCUUUUGGCUCCAUCUAUCAAUGCACAUACACUCAUGCGCGAACGAAUUUUAGCAUCAGCCCUUUUACUCACUCCUCCCCAACUCGUUGUCCGCGGACAAAUGCGACUUGAGCUGCAUGUCCGUCUGUCUGUCCGCAUUCGCCCUCUUUCCCCCGGCUACUCUGGUCGUCUUGACUCAACCUCCGCUUCUACAGAGCCUGGUCACUCCCUUUUUGUGAUCGUUCAACAAGCGCGCGCAGUCUCCAGGCCACAAGUUGGGCAUAACCUGGCAACCGGUACCUUGUUUGGUCUAAGUCCGGUGUUUGUUUAUGUAGACUAUCGUGUGCUUCCCGAAUACCUCACUUGUGCCUCCUUUGUGAGUCUGUCUGCGAGGGAUUCCCUUCUCACGUCGUCCCUACAAGAGUACACACAUUAUCGCAAGCCGACAAUUUCACACCGACUCUCGAGGCUGCAUUCGAGCCCUCGUCGACUGGACUCCCUGCUCGCGGACGUGUGUGCGCUCGCGAUCCCUCAGCGUCGCGAGGGCAAAACAGAAAGAAGUAAGACGCGUCAGACGGACUCAACUUUUCUGUGUGCUGUGCAAGCAUACACAGCUUUGUGGAGAAGCUUCAUUUCAACAGCAAAAUACCCCUCGUCAACACCUCACAGAACACGCAAACACACCAACACGCCUAACCUUGUGCGCACAGACGUGCAGACAGCUGCGAAUGCAGGCGACGACGAACAUGUGAGGCUCGACUUUAAAUGGUCUCCUGCACACACGAUCGUAGGGGAACAGGUAAGCUGUGAAGUCCGUUUCUUUGAUGCCUUUGAAGAGGAGGACUUGCAUUAUAGCCUGGUCCCCUCCUAA